UUUCAUUUUUGGCUGUUAAGUGAGUUUCUGGGUACUGAGCCAGGCAUCCGAGAGCAAACAUCAGCAAAAUCUGUUACCAAUACAUUCGCGUACAUUAACCGUUGUUUACCUCAGCGUCUAAAUACACUCGGUUUUAAUCGUGUUUUCGAGUCUUUAUACAUUCCAGUACCUACCUUUUUUAAAACCGCAUUAUUUAAAAUUACAUAGAUCUUUGUUACAUUUGUCCCGCGUCCGCGGCAGAGCAGACCGUAUUGGAACAACUAAGGAUUCUGUCAAGGGUGCUUUUAUUCUAUUGGAUUUGUAUGUCUGUAACUUCACGAGAUUACUAUCGGAAUUUAGGAUUUGUAUGUGAUCUUUUGGGGUUUCCAGGCAGUAAAGGAUCUUACACAAAACAACAGGCACAUUAAUCGGUAUCAGUUGACCUGUGAAAAUAUCCGGGGGACCCGCCAGAAGCAGUAUGGCAGACAGCGUGGAACCAGAGCCGCCGCCUCCACCUCCCCCUGCCGAGGUGGUCGUGACGCCCGUGCCUUCAGCCCUUCCUCCCAACGCACCACCCCCACGCCAGAGCUGCUGGGAGAAGCGAAGCACGAUGGAGAAGGUGCUGGUCGUCUUUCUGAUCCUCCUUCUGAUCGUCUGCUUGGCGGUGGUCGCCAUAUUCCUCAUCUACUACUUCUUUUCAACACCGCCGGAAGGUCAAUGUUUAACGAAUAAAUGUAUGCAUUUAGCCACUGCACUUGAAUCCAAGAUGGACAAGAGUGUUGAUCCGUGCACAGAUUUCUAUCAGUACGCAUGUGGAGGCUGGAAAAAUAAAAAUACUAUUAGGCCUGAUCGAAAAUUGAUUUCUCUAUCGUCAGUCUUACAGGAUGAGACCUAUGGUAAAAUUAAAACCUCUUUAGAAAAAAGACUUCCAGGAGAUCAACUUUACAGACAACAGCCUUCAGCAUUCUAUGCUGCUUGCAUGGAUAUUGAUAAACUUAAUGAAAGGGGAGAUGAACCUUUCAAAAAGCUAGUGAAGAGUGUGGGUAAGUUCCCUUCAAUAGACCCCUCAUGGCAAGAGACAGACUAUGACUUGGAGGAUCUACUUAUUAAACUUCUAAAAUUAGGUUUCAAUCCACUCAUUUCCAUUAAUGUGGCCAGAGAUCCAGACAACCCAAAUGUUAACAGACUUUUUAUAUCAGAUGGUAAUCCAGCUCUGGUGUUCAACUAUGUACCAGAUGGAGCCAAAGAUAAGAAAUUUGAAGAACAGUUGGUGUCUCUUCUGGUUAAGCUUGGUGCCAACAAGACCGUUGCUGAGGAAGAUGUGAAAGAUAUUAUUGAAUUGUCAACUAAGAUUCGCAAAAUAAAUAGAGUCAAUAAGAUGGAUCUACUUGAACCAACCACACGUGUUCGUCAACUGGAAGUUAAAUUCCCAUGGUUAAAAUGGCUGGAUGUGUUUCAAGGUUUAGUUGGCUCUAGUGGCACUGUAUAUGUUGGUCCAGAAGAAGUGGUCAUCAACACAGUACCAGCAUACUUUGAAAAGCUGGGCCCUCUACUCAACAGUACUUCUAAGAGAACACUAGCAAAUUUUCUCAUGCUGCCCACACUAUCAUUUACUAGUGCCUUAGGAACUGAAUACAUCACCAUCCUAGACAAGUAUCGCAAGGAAAUGCAAGGCAUCCAACCAGCACCUCGAUGGGAAACAUGCGUUGAGAAUACCAUUCGAAUAUUCCCAGAGUCAGUCAGCCGCAUGUUUGUUGACAAUAACUACUACAACCAGACCAAGGAAUAUGUACAAACUCUGGUAAAUGAUCUGACUUUAGCAUUCACACAAAUGUUGGAUGACAACGAUUGGAUGAGUGAUGAAACUAAGAAGGCAACUAUCACAAAGCUGAAAUCACUGCAAGCAAAGAUUGGCUACCCAGACUACAUUAUGGAUAAUGCAAGAUUGAACAAUCGCUAUUCAUUUAUUCCAGUUAAAGAUACUGAAUACAUGGAGACUGUGGUGGAAGGCACCAGAUUUGCUGUAGCAGAGAAUUUCAGAAAGUUGAAAGAGAGUCCAGAAAAAGAUUUGUGGCCUGUAUAUCCAGUAUCUGUUAAUGCCCACUAUGACCAACGUAAUGAAAUAGUGCUCCCAGCUGGUAUCCUACAGUAUCCAAUUUUCAAUCCAGAUUAUAGCAGUUCACAAAUGUAUGGGGCCACUGGUUCCUACAUUGCCAGGCUGUUUGCUAAAAGUCUUAUCGAGUUUUACGGAAGUCAGUUCAACUCUCAAGGUGAGAAGAAUGACUGGUGGAAAAAAGAAGACAAAGAGAGAUUCAAUAACAAAGCCGCAUGCUUUGUACAACAAUAUGGCUGCUUUAAAUGGGAUCGACUUAGAAGUUUGGAUGGAGAGAAAACCCUCAAUGAAAACAUCGCAGAUAAUGGAGGUCUGAAACAGAGUUACAAGGCUUACAGAAAUUUUGUAAAAAGGAGAGGAGCUGAAGAACUAAGGUUACCUGGCCUCCAGUUAAACCAUGAUCAGGUCUUCUUCCUCAGUUUUGCUCAGACUUUAUGUGAGAAAGCCAGUGAUGAAAUAAAGCCAGAUAUAAAUGAAUCAUCAUCUUCUGCCCCAAGCCGUUAUAGGGUGAUGGGCAGCUUACAGAACUCUGCUGCCUUUUCUUUUGCCUUCAAUUGUAAAGCUAACAGUCGAAUGAAUCCACUUGGAAAAUGUGAGGUCUGGUAAAGAAGCUAGGAACCUUGUGACUAAGUUUGAUAUUUAAUUUUGUUUUAAAUUCUUUCUGGCAAUAAAAUGUUUCAGAAAUGUUCCAUCCUUAGGUUUUAAAUUAAUGUAGAAUGAUUUGUUUAAU